AUGGGUGUGAUACGCAAGAAGACCGCCUCGCGCGGCACGGAGGCAGGCACGAAGUUUCACUGCGACGUGUGCUCGAUUGAUGUCACAUCAACAGUUCGCAUCUCAUGUGCCCAUCCCGCCUGCCCCGAAUACGAUCUCUGUGUCCCCUGUUUCUCGUCCGGUGUGAGCUCGAAAAACCACGAUCCAUCAACGCAUCCCUUCCAAGUGAUUGAGCAGAACUCUGUUCCCAUCUUCCAAGAUGAAUGGGGCGCCGACGAGGAACUGCUGUUGCUGGAAGGUGCUGAGAUCUACGGACUGGGAUCAUGGGCGGACAUCGCAGAUCAUAUCGGUGGUUAUCGCGACAAGGAUGAAGUGCGCGAUCACUACUACGCUACCUAUAUCGAGAGCGGGCACUUCCCGCUCGCAGACCACGCAGACCCGGCCGACCGAAGUCUCCAGGAUUCCAUCACCAAAGAGGAAUUUCAAACGCGUAAGAAGCGGCGUAUCGAGGACCGCAAGGAUGCAGCCAAGGCAGCACCUCCGACUACACCGAAACAGAAACCGACCGCUAGUGUACCGGCUUGUCACGAAGUGCAAGGCUACAUGCCUGGGCGAUUGGAGUUUGAGACCGAAUUCCUGAAUGAUGCCGAAGAAGCUGUGCAGCACAUGACAUUCGAGCCGGGCGCUGGGCUAAACGAGAAUGGCGAGCCAGAUGCAGAGACAGAGCUCAAGAUGACUGUGGUCGACAUUUACAACUCCCGCCUCACGGCACGCACGGAGCGCAAGAAGAUCCUAUUCGAGCACAACCUCCUUGAGUACCGAAAAAACACUGGCUUGGACAAGAAGCGCUCAAAGGAAGAGCGAGAUUUGCUGAAUAAGGCCAAACCCUUGGCGCGUAUGAUGAACAACAAGGACUUUGAGGACGUUAACAAGGGAUUGGAAUAUGAGCAUAAUCUCCGCCUAGCGAUUGCUCAACUUCAAGAAUGGCGCUCAAUGGGCAUCGGAGACCUGAAGGCGGGCGAGAAGUUCGAACAGGACAAACAACAGCGCGUUCAACGAUUACUUCCUCAAGGCUCCUUCGAUCGAUUUGCUAGCAAUCGUCCCAAGCAGACUCAAUUGACAGAGACACCGGCGGCGGCGAUUCAAUUGACCACGCCAGAUCUUCCGCUGCGACUCCAGAAAGCUGCCAAUCCACACGCGCCGCUGGAUGCCGACGAGCCACUUAAUGAUUUCGAUCGCGCAUUCGCUGUUGAUGGAGAUGCCCCUCCCCCACAGCCCACAAAGACCAAAUAUGCGGUUCCCCCACUCAGCGGAAUGCCGCCAUGGAAAUUGAAUAAUGACACCGCUGCCGAUUUGCAUCUCUUGACUAAAGAAGAGGUGGAAGUUUGCAACGUGCUCCGCAUUAUGCCAAAACCAUAUAUGGUCGUCAAAGAGACACUCUUGAAGGAAGCAAUGAAACAGGGCGGAAGUCUAAAGAAGAAAGAUGCCCGUACAAUCUGCAAGAUCGAGGGAACCAAAAUCAGUCGCAUCUACGAUUUCAUGGUCCACAGCGGCUGGAUCAACAAAGCGUAG